ACGAGUUGUAGUAAGACGAAGUCUGGUACAAUGGAUCAACUUUCCAUUACUUAUCUGAAAAUUAACAAAAAUUUUCUCGCGUCUAUUGGACUGUGGCCGCAUCAAUAUGGUUUCAUAAAAUACCUCCUACUUUGCAAUCUGCUCUUAUUCAUCGGUUCUCAGGGAUAUUUUCAGAUUGGCGGGAUGAUCGCUGCUUGGGAAAAUAAAAGCGUAUUCUUGGAGUCAAUACCCCCGGUCCUCGUAGAUUUCGUUUGUGGUACAAAGAUCAUAAAUUUUCUCAUAAACUCUGAAAAAAUGAAACACCUUUUGUUUACGCUAGAAGCAGACUGGGUUAGAUUCAAAGGCCGUGAUGAAAUAGAAGUAAUGAAGAAGUACGCGAUUCACGGUCGAAACUUUACCCUUUCAUAUACCGGGUGCAUGUAUGCAUCAAUGACUCCUUUCAUGGUAGUCCCGAUGGUACCGUUACUGUUGAACGCUCUAGAAAUCGGGAACAAAACUUACGCGAAACAAUUGAUGUUUCGAGUCGAUUAUCUCUUCGAUGCCGAAAAAUAUUAUUAUCCGUUGCUGAUCCACUCGUAUUUUGGUACGGUAGCCUACAUAACUCUCAUCAUCGCAAUCGACACAAUCCUGAUGGUAUUCGUGGUCCAUGCUUGCGGAUCUUUUGCGGUAUUGGGAUAUCAAUUGCAAAAUAUGAUGGAAGGUGUUGACAUCAAUGUCAAUGUUUAUCCACCCAGAGACAAUGACUCGUGUUAUUACACACUGUCUGAUUGCAUCGUUCAACAUAAUCACGCUUUAGAAUACUCAAAGCGUAUCGAAGAUGCGAAUUACAUAUCAUACUUUAUUCAACUGGGUAUAAUCAUGGUCUGCCUGAGUUUUACAGGAUUUCAGACUGUUAUGUACGCCAACUCCCCCGAAAUAGCCGCCAGAUACGUCGGAUUCACGAUGACCCAACUCGUCAUAUUAUUUCUCCAAAGUUAUCCCGGUCAGAUGUUGUACGAUCACAGCGUUCGGGUAUCCGAAUACGUACACAAUAGUAAUUGGUAUUUGACCUCGGUACGAUCAAGAAGACUCAUCUGCCUGAUGAUCAUGAGAAGCCGUAUACCCUGCGCACUGACUGCGGGUCGAUUUUAUAUCCUCAAUUUGGCAAACUUUAGUGCGGUCAUACGUACAUCUUUGUCAUACUUGACAGUUCUGACUUCCGUGAAAUAAGCGCAUCAACGACCGCUCCGCGGGGUAAAUGUGUCCUCGAUGGAUGAUCCGUCGAACAUUUAGGAAAUAGUGAGUCAAGACUUUAUAGGACAGCGGACACCCUUUGAUUUCUUGCUGCGCCUGUUAAACUUUUUUUCACUUCGAUUAUCGCAUCGAUCCAUACCAUAAUUGAGAAAAAUAUAUUGCCCAGUAAAUGUAUGU